AUGCAUCCACAUGGCUAUAAGGUAUCUCCACUGGAUGGUAUCGAGCUGCGAGGACAACGGGGUCAAAAUGGCGACGGUAAUGGUGCUAUAGAGAACAAUGAAGACGAAUUGUUGACGCGUCAGAGGAACGUGAGCGUGUCGUCGUUGGAUUCGAUUAAAACGGCCGAACGGCUGUUGGACAGGCUAGAUCUGUCUGCCGAGGAUGAAAAACUGUUGCAACAGGCGCUAGAAGAGGAAAGAUUGCGGGGAGGGAUCAGAAAACACAGUAUUAAGCGUGUCGUGUGCUUGCCCGCAUCCGGUUUCCCAUCGCUUCGAGCCGACCCACACUCGGGAUCCAGUUUCCCGAAUUACAAGAGUGCAUCUGCCAUAAAUGUGGUAACGCAAUUGGCCGACGGUCAAGUUGUUGGAAGCUCGAAAGUUGGAGAUGCGGAAUUGCAUUACCCUCUUUCGAGAUACUCGUACUUAGUCGAGGAGGAAAGUGAGGAAGAGGAUGAAGAGACUUUUGAUCAUCUGGUUGACAUCGAGCAAUUUCGCAGAAUAGAUCCAAAUUUUAAUCAUGCCACCGUGGCUUCUCAUCCAAUGGUGAACAAUCUCUGUUAUACUCCUAUCAACAAAAAAUCCGGUUCGCAGAUUUCAUUUCACACUCCCAAGGGCAGUGUCUCAUCCAUUGAGACCAGGUAUCUGAUCAAACCGGGUACCCAAUCUUCGGAGGAAAGUGUGAUAUCUAGGGUUCAGGAUCGUGCGGUUCACUCAGAAGUGCCCAGUCCUGUGGACCAAUUUCAAACUCCGAAAAAAUCUGCCUCGAGUUCAUCACUGGGAGAGGGUCCACCCACGACCCCGUCGGGGCACUCCGCGUCCCACAAAUCACAUUGGAAACAGAGCUCAUUCUCUUUAAAGAAACUGUUCAAGUCACCGAAAAAGGACUCAAAGACCAGUCUCACGAAAACGGCGACCACGACACCGGUGACUGUCCCAUCAACACCGACUUUUUCGUUCCCUGCGCGUCACCGAAACUCGGAUUCGAAGUCUUCGCCUCAACGUAGGCCUUUCUUAUGGCGUGAAACCAAGCAUAAACAAUUCAUAGCCAGCAAAGAUGGUCCACCAAAGUUGUCGCAUGUGAGAGCACUUUCAGACAGCAACGUCGGCACCCAUUCAGCGCCACACACCUCUAAAAAUGUGUCUGCACUUCCAGUAUAUUCUUCUGGAGAACGACAUGUGGUCAGAGGUUCACCGUUGGCACUGAAAACUUUCAAUAAAAACGAUUUGAAGACUAACACACCUUUUAUACAAGACGCUGCAAUAAACAGUGCCAUUGAACUCAUGAAACGUGGCAAUCUGAAAGAAUCGGCCGGUCAGCUCAAGACCCUGUGCGAUGCAGGAAAUCCAACGGGUUACUUGUUAUACGGCCUGGCGCUACGACAAGGAUCGGGCGUGACACGAAACCUCCAGUCGUCGUUCCUUUGUCUUCAAAGGGCAGCUGGCGUGGGAAACGAAGACAUCGACGUCUUCGGUUCCGAUUUCAGUCCUCUUCAAUUAACGAACACACCUCGCAUUCCGCCUGAACCACUUGCGCCUGCUCUUUACGAAUGCGGCAUAAGCUAUCUGAAAGGCCUGGGUGUCUCCCGCGAUGAAGUCAAGGGACUGAAGUACUUGGAAAAAGCUGCGUCUUUGGGACACGUCGAUUCCAUGUGUCUGAGUGGGACUAUUUGGUCAAAAAAAUCUGCCAGCAGGAAACGAGACAUCGCCAGGGCCGCUGCAUGGUUUCGUCUCGCAGAUAGCCGAGGCGCUACGUUAAUCGGAGCGGAAUGGAUUUACAAGGACAAAUACACCAAAUAUAAUUCGACCAAAUAA